AGGGUGAUUGCCGAGUAAGCCGUCUGCCGAUGACCUAACAGGCAGGUUGGCCGCCUUCGACAAGCGCUGGCUGAGAGACCCGAAGACGGGAGAGCCUUCCAUAAACCUUGCUGCUUCGCGUUGUCACGCCUCUUAACGCGGGGAAGAAAGGGAAAGCGGCUUCGCUGACAUGCACGUAGAUAGACCGUUCACCUGACCGAACUUUUAUUGCUCAGCGGCAGACACACCUGUUGAUUGAAACACUCACCGCUCAUCUGCUCGACCACUCACACACGCUCGCAAGGUGUCGGAAACCGCGCUAGUGCCGUAGACUCCUGACGUCCCGGCUUUACACUACACACAGUUGGAAUAGAGGCCCACCGGCCAGUUCAAGACAGUUUGCCCGUUACAAACGACACCUCAAAAAGAUACUUUAUGAUCGUUGAUUUUUACAGAAAGCAGUGUUCUGGACAGUGAGAUAACACUGAAGAAACAAAAUCUCUAAAGAGAAAAAUCUAAAAAAAGACAAAUAAGCUUUUCAUACUCUUAUUAUUAUAAACAUAUGCAUUUAGUAUAUCACAAAUUAUAUGAUAAAGUGGUUGCCGACGUGUCUUGGCACAAUUUUUUAAAACUUUUCUUCAGCAAUCAAUAUCCAUAGUUUCAUAUCAUGUGCCAUGAACGUAGACUUGAUCCCUGGGUUGACGUGGUGUAAACAUUACAAUGGUGUGUGAGAUUGUGAGUGAAAAUUAACUUCAGUUAGGAAAGGGUUAGGCUUUGAGAACAGCAACAUGGCCAGCCACACAGGCUCGGAGGCUCCCCCUGGCGUCCCGAUACAAGACUACACAAGACCCUGGCUACCUCCCCCUGGGGAACAGCCACAAGACUCUCCAUUGACGGCUUUCCCACAUACUGGAGUAGCAGAUCUGUCCCAACAACAGCAACAUCUCAUGUUCUCCUCAUACCCACUGGGUCUGGUCCAAGGUCAGAGCUCAGGUCAGUACCAGAGCCAGCCCGUUUUAUUUCCGGGUCAGCUCGUACCACCUCCUCCUUUGCUUUCUCCCACUGGUCAGCCUUUGGUGAGUCUCCAGGGCUCGACCCCGGCCUUAGGCGUUGCAGGUCAACCGCCCUCGUCCCUCUCGUUGUUCUCCUCAAACCACGAAAGUAACCCCGAGCUGGGGAACAUGACAAAUGUUAUAGCAGCACAGCAACUUUCAAACCCACUGUCUCCUUUAGACGCAUCUUGUUUCUCGCCCAUGUUUCCGCUGCAGAAUCUUGUUUCGCAACAAUUUCCUGUUGGGACCAAUCUUCAGUCUAUCGAUCAAACUCAGACUGGGGGCCAAGGACAGUAUACUUUGGCACAGCACCAGACUCUUCAACUGCAAACUCAACUUCAACCAAACCUACUGUCCCAGGGCUCGGCUUUGGGAUACCCGGGGCCCAGUAGCUACGCAGGAGGACAUCUCCAGAAUCACGACGAAUAUGGCUCAGUGGCGCAGAACAAUCGCGCACCUCAGCAACCUCUGACGCAGCAGCAGCAGCAGCAGCAGCACCGACAACAGGUACAACAAGAUCUACAGCAGCACCAACAGCAGCCACAACUGCCCAACGUGGGAUCUCAGGUACGACCCACCGAGACUGUCAUGCAACGGAUCACGCGUCAAAUGACUGACUCAAAUGGUAAAGUUAAAAGCGAUACUUCUGCCGGUUUGUCGUACGACGAACCAGACUACUCCCCACAACGACCAGCCCCGCCCAGUACGUACCUGCCGGAUCCAAUCCACCCCCACAGAAACACGCUCCCUUAUUCCUUACCCACGUCUCUCAAUCCGUCGUUAAUGCUGAAGACAGACGUGCCAAACACCGUGGUGACGGUACAAGGCAUAACUAGACAAGAUGUUCAGAACCUCCAGCAGCCGCUGUCGCCAGAGGCAUCAUGGGAGGGAGCAAAGACAGACAGUCUAGACGAGCAGACGACUUCCGGGCGAGGUUCCUCUAUUUCCUCUUCGAUGUCUCCGCCUGGCUCCUCUCCCACAUCUCCUCGUCUGGGUCGUGGAGAUAGCCAGUGGGCAAAUCACACGGUGGCUUGCUACGAGAAGCCGAGUCAGGCAGACGUGUGUCUUCGCUGCCUCCGUAAAGUGUACGCCAUGGAGAGCCUGGGGCCUGUGAAGGGCGCCCUCUACCACAAGCUUUGUUUUACCUGCGUGACCUGCGGCACCAAGUACGCGCUCUCAUGUUUUAUUACUAUAUUAAUGUAUCCAAGUUUUCCCUUAAGUUUUCUACUAACCAGCGAUUGGAAUUAUAAUACCCUUGAGCAGGCGCUGUCACAGCGUCACUCUUUGCUCUCAAUAAUACCAUCGCUGCGAAGCGUUAGUACCACUGGCGUCAAAUGAAAGGCAACACUCUUCUCGCCUCACCGUAGUGCGCAUGGCACCCCCCCCCCCCCUUUUAGGCCU